AUGGCGUUUCUGCGGCCCGAAGAGCCGCUCUCCGCCGCUGCGCACCUCUGCGUCUUUCUGUUGACCACCUCGGCCUGGAUGUCCGGGCCGGGACCCGUGCGCUGUGACAGCGGGUCUUUAAACCGGCGCGGCGGGGAGGACCCUCCGUUGGACAUGGGCGGCGGAGACGGAGGGUCGUCGCCGGGCUUACCGACGGACGUUGACGAGGAAGCCGCCGGCGGGCAGAGCUCACCCCGCUUCAGGAGAGCGCUGUCCCGGGAGAAACAAAUGACCCUGCUGAGCAGCUCGUUCGUCCUCAAAGGGGAUGCGACCCACAACCAGGCGAUGGUCCACUGGACAGGAGAGAACAGCAGCGUCAUCCUGAUCCUGACCAAGUACUACCAUGCUGACUCAACCAAGGUGCUGGAGAGCUCAGUUUGGAGGUCUACUGACUAUGGCACCACCUACACCAAACUCAACCUGAUGCCAGGAACAACUAUCGUGGUGACCAGCUUCUACAUUUGCCCAAACAACAAAAAAAAGGUACUGUUGGUAGGUUCAUCCAUAAAUGAAAGGGAUCAGAUGCUGUUUAUCAGCAUAGACGAAGGUUCCGCCUUCCAGCGACAGUCCAUCUCCUUUACCCCGGACACGCUCAUCUUCCACCCUAAGGAAGAAGACAAGCUCCUGGCCUACUGUAAAGAUGGCAGGCUCUUUGCUUCGACAGACCUGGGCCGCAAGUGGACUUUGCUUCAGGAGCGGGUGACCAAGGACAAAGUGUUCUGGUCAGUAUCAAAGGUGGAUGUGGACCCAGAUUUGGUGCACAUGGAAAUGCAAGACACAAGUGAAGGUUACCUGUAUGUUACCUGUCUCAUCCAGAACUGUUCGGACAAAAUGUUGACUGCUCAGUUUCUUGGCAAAAUCGACCACAACUCGCUGCUGGUGCAGGACGACUACAUAUUUGUCAAGGUCACCACAGGGGUUCCUACAAAGUACUUUGUGUCCUAUCGGCGCAAUGAGUUUGUCCAAAUGAGGUUUCCUAAGUAUGCCUUGCCAAAGGAUGUUCAGAUAGUGAGUACGGACAAGAACCAAGUCUUCCUCGCCCUCCAGGAGUGGUACCAGUCAGACACAUAUAACCUGUACCAGUCCGACCCCCAGGGCAUCUAUUACUCUAUCGUCCUGGAAAAUGUUCGCAGCACCAAGCAGCCAGAAGAGAAUGUCCUCAUCGACAUACUUGAGGUGCGUGGAAUCAACGGAGUCUUUCUAGCCAAUCAGAAGAUCAAUGGCAAAGUGACAACUCUCAUCACCUAUAACAAGGGGCAUAACUGGGAACUGUUGGUCCCACCUACCACUGACAUGAAUGGCAAGCAAAUCAGCUGCAAAGCACCGGACUGUCACCUCCACCUCCAUCUACGCUGGGCAGACAACCCCUAUGUGUCUGGGACAGUCCACACCAAAGAUUCUGCUCCAGGUCUCAUCAUGGGUGCUGGGUACUUGCUGGACGCUGGUUGA